AUGAUGAUGAUCCCUAAUACAUGGAUUGGUCUUUUUGCAGCAAUGACCCUGAUGGUGGUGCAUGCUGCACCUGCACCUGCAGCCGAUGAAGUGAUCCAGAUGAUUCAUGCACAAAGCCUCUCGGAGAUGAAACAUGAUGCUGCUAUUGAGGCAUCAGCUGUUGUCCCAAUGCUGCGCUUGGGCAAAGAUGGUUUACCACGAGGAGGAGGAGCUGCUGGCCAAGUAGCAGCUGCAAGCAACAGCAACAAUCAUAACCUUGCCGGUGUCCAUAACAAUCGCUUUAAUCCCAUCAACCUUGUACCUGUACCUCCCACACGUCAACAACGCCAAGAUACCGGUCAUCGCCAUGACGACGGCAAUGUGGUUGCCAUGGAUGAUUUAGGUCGUAUCAAGCAUUUUGAUUUGCCAGUAACCGUACAAGAUGUGGUACCAUCCUCAGCCCCUGCUAUUGCAACUGUAUCACCAUGGAUGGCAGUGGCUCCUCCUCAUGAUGGAAGAAAACACGUGCUUGGCAUGGAAGAUAAUGGCUUACUGCAGACCCUCCAUGUUCCCGUAACAGCUUCCAAUUCGGCGCCUGCUCCGACUAGCAUGAUUUAA